GCUGAUUUCUUAUUCAAACUUUUUUAUUGUAUGGUUGUAUGUGUAGUCUGUGAAAAUGAAUUGCCUACGACAUACUCGACACUGUUGGAAGAUCAGUCGAGCUCGAGUAUUGAAAUUUUACCCAUCGUUAACGUUCUUGACAUCAAAAACAUCCAGUGCAUUUCACUGGGGGCCGAAAUAUAUGGCGGUGGACAAGUUAGACAAAAUGUCAAAUCCUAUGCAGACAGAUUUUCCUUGCACUCACAUGAUAUACAAAGCUUCAGAGUAUUUCCCUAGGACAGCUUUAGUUGAUAGUUCAGAUUCAUAUUCAUAUGUAUUUAUUUACACAAAAAGUGUGUCUUUGGCAAGAAGACUUCAUAAAGCUUAUCCUUUGAAUAUGGAACAAACAAAUGUCAUUGCAUUCUUUUAUGACAAUAAUGUAAAUUAUGUGGUCAUGCUGUGGGCUAUUUGGAUGUUAGGUGCCGUUGCUCUUCCUUUAAAUCAUGCUUAUCCACAAGAAGACCUUGAGUAUUUUUUAUCAGACUCAAAGGCAACCAUUUUACUUACCACACAAAACCACAGGGAAAAGGCUGUCAGUUUUUCACAACAGGGAACAAUUCCUGUAGUGUAUCAAAGCAUCACUAGCAAUCAAAAUCUUGUUUUUGAAAGUUAUGAUGACUUGGAAUUUGCAAAUGGGGAGCAAUGGCUUUUACAGAAACCUGCGCUUAUGAUCUAUACAAGUGGUACUACUGGAAAACCUAAGGGAGUUCUGCUUUCACAUACCAAUCUGCACAUUUACAUUCUUGGAAUGAUUGAUGCCUGGAGAUGGGUGGGUAAUGACCGAAUCCUCCACACUCUACCACUGAACCAUGUCCAUGGUGUGGUGAAUGCCCUACUCACCCCCCUGUACUGUGGAGCUACAGUCUACAUGUUACCCAAGUUUGAUGCAAAGCUUGUCCUUGAAAGAUUAUUAGAGAGUUCAAAAAAUUCCAUUACCCUAUUCAUGGGUGUACCGACCAUGUACGCUCUUAUGAUCAGGUAUUAUGAUGAGGAGUAUGGAAAUGCAUCAGAGGAAAUUAGGAAUGUUAUAAAGGAACAACUCCAAAAGCUACGGUUGUUUGUAAGUGGAUCUGCUCCGCUUCCCAUUCCAGUGUUAGAUAAGUGGAGAGAGAUAUCGGGCCACACUAUACUUGAGAGAUAUGGUAUGACUGAAAUAGGGAUGGCUCUUACCAAUCCAUAUAAAGGAGAGAGAGUUCCAGGAGCUGUUGGUUUGCCAUUUAAGUAUGUCAGUUUCAUUAUUGGGAAUUAUAAUGCCUAUGUGGAUGGUGAAUAUGAAGUGAUAGCUGAAGGAAAUGAUGAAGAGGUCAAAGUUACAGAGGGUAAAGAGGGACAUGAAGGGGAAUUGCUAAUUAAGGGUCCAGGUGUAUUCAGUGCAUACUGGAAUGCACCUCUCAAAACCAGCGAAUCUUUCACCUCCAAAGGAUGGUUCAAAACAGGGGACAUGGCUGUUUAUGAGGAUGGGGUAGUAAAAAUUAAAGGAAGAAUUUCUGUGGACAUAAUUAAGUAUGGAGGAUUCAAGAUAAGUGCCUUAGAAAUAGAGAAUAUACUGCUUCAGCACCCAGAUGUUCAGGAAUGUUCUGUUGUUGGUGUAUCAGACAUUACAUGGGGACAAAAGGUGGCAGCCAUUGUGGCUUUGAAACCAGGUGCAUCGGACAUGACACAAGAAUCACUGCAGACAUGGGCAAAAGACAGAUUACCAAAACACAAAAUGCCAAGUAUUGUGAAAUUUGUGGACCAAAUUCCCAGAAAUAGUAUGGGAAAAAUCAAUAAAAAGGGACUUAUAAAGGAAUAUUUUAGACAAACAAGAAGUGUUUGAGUG